AUGACGUCACCAAUUCGUCAGCAGCCAAUGAGACGAGCCAUCAAACCAGAUUACCAUGACAAUUACAGUGGUCGUGCAGCGUUUCCCAACCAAAUGUUUGUCAUUAGACUAGUUCUAAAACUUCCAAUUAACAACAAAGAGGAAAUUAUACAACAAUAUAUAGAUGUCCUGGAAAACAAUCCAUCUGUCAAGGUCGCAGUCAUCGAUCACAUCACCAGUUCAUCCGCCAUGGUAAUGCCAAUUAAAGAACUCAUAGUAGUUUGUCAAAGUAGAGGUGUACAGGUGGUAAUAGACGGGGCACAUGCACCUGGACAACUACAAUUAAAUCUAGAAAAGCUUGGUGCUGACUAUUACAUUGGUAAUUUGCAUAAAUGGGUAUUUGCCGUCCGUGGUAGUGCAUUAUUGUGGAUACACCCAAAACACUGCGAGUCUAUUAAACCACUGAUCACGUCUCUCUGCUAUCGGCAAAGUUUGUUCGAUCAGUUCUCCAGUCAAGGAACACGCGAUUCUACUCCUUAUUUCUGUGCACCGGCGGCUAUACAAUUCUAUGAAGAUAUUGGUGGAUUUGAGGAAAUCGCCAAAUACAACACAGAAUUACUUCUUUGGGCGAUGGAGUUAUUAAAAGAAUCUUGGAAGACAGAAAGUUUGCCUAUACCUGACAGUAUGAGGGCGCCUUUUAUGGGUAUUGUUGCUUUGCCAGACACCAGCGAUAAAGAGAAACCACUUGUACCUACGAUGGAUCCAUCAACUGCGUCAAACUAUGACGAUAUUCAAAUCAGUCACGUAGACUUGUCCCUGGAUGUACGGUUUGAUACUAAAAGGAUCCUCUCAUCGGAGCGACUGGACAUCAAAUUAUUGAAAAGCUGUAAAGAAAUUAUACUCGACACACAUAACACACUGACAAUACACAGCGUUAUCGCAACGAAGCCAAUUCACUGUGAACUCAAGUUCAAAAUCAAACCAUUCACUAGCUACGGAGAAAUGGUGCAAAUCGAGCUUCCCUCUACGUUUGAGCCUGGAGACGAAUUUCAGUUGAGUAUCGAUUUCACUUCCAGUGAUGGGACUGGUGUCACGUGGUUGGAUCCUGUGCAGACUGCAGGAAAGGAGUUGCCGUAUAUGUUUACAUCAGGAUGGCCAGUGAGAAAUCGAGCAUUCUUUCCAAUACAAGAUACACCCUCUGCCAAGAUGACGUACAGUGCACGCGUUAAGGUUCCUCCUGGUUUCACUGCUCUAAUGGGCGCCAACGAAUGGAUUGAAAACCACACCCCUAACGUGUUCGAAUUUAAAAUGGCAUUUCCGAUUGCGCCGUAUCUGAUUAAUCUAGUAGUUGGCGACAUAGUGUCUGCAGAAAUAGGCCCAAGAAGUAAAGUAUGGACAGAACCAAAUAUGCUGUCUAAGGCCAAGGCCGAAUAUGACGGGGAAAUAGAAACAAUUCUCUGCACAGCAGAACAUUUAUUUGGUCCGUAUAUCUGGGGAAAGUAUGACCUUUUGGUGUUGCCACCCUCCUAUCCAUUCGGGGGCAUGGAGAUUCCGUGUUUGACGUUCUUAACACCCUGUCUGCUAUCUGGUGACAAGUCUCUGAUGAGUACAGUUUAUCAUGAAAUCACACACAGCUGGUUCGGCAACAUGGUAACACCAGCAACAUGGAAAGAAUGCUGGAUCUCUGAAGGUUUUGCAAGAUAUGGUGAAAGAAGAAUUAUGAUGGUACUGAAUGGUGAGGCGGAAUCCUGUCUUGAAAGUGUAUCAGGUCUAUCGAAUUUACAACGACAUUAUAACGCCAAUGGCGAGGACCUUAAUAUCAACUGUUUGAAGAUAAACUCUACGAAAGACUUUGAUCCAAAUGACGUGUAUUGCCCAAUACCUUAUGAGAAGGGAUAUUGUCUUGUACGCUACUUAGAACACCUAGCUGGAGGGUAUGAACAUUUCGAGAAGUUCUUGCGAGCUUAUAUUGAUAAAUUCAAGUUUAAGAGUGUAAAUGGGCAAGAUAUAUUGGACUACUUCCUUGAUUAUUUCCCUCAUUACCGAAGACAGGAAAUAGAAAACAGGAAAGAUUACGAAUUCGAUAAAUGGUUGAAUAAUCCGGGAUGGCCACCAUAUGUACCCGAUUUGUCGGCAGGAAACGAUUUAACAAAACCAGCUGAAAUACUAGCAGCGAUGUGGGCGGGAGAAGAAACACAGGGCAGCACGAAAUUUUCUAACGACAUUACCAAUUGGCCAAUUUACCAGGUGAUCUUCUUUCUUGACAAGCUAUUGGCUAAAUUGAAACUACCAGAUGGAACAAUUCAGCAGAUAAACGAGAAAUAUCCAACGAUAUCACAGAGCCAGAAUGCAGAGGUAAGAUUUCGAUGGUCUUUAUUAACGCUAAAAUAUAGCUUCACAGAGGACUACCCCAAUGUCAGAAACUUCCUAGAGUGUCAAGGGAAACAACUUUAUACAACUCCCUUGUAUCAAGCUAUGAUCGACGGAAGUGACGUGACCAGAAAAAUGGCGCAUGAUGUCUUUGAAUCUUCAAAGGAAAAAAUGCACUUCACCGUCCGAAGAUAUGUCGAGGAUUUACUUUCUAAAUCAUAA